AUGGAUGGAUCACCACCUAUUGAUUUCGUUCCACCUACAGAAUUGCCCUUGAAUAUAUCUCCAUUAAACAGUUCAACACCUUCGCGUUUUCCACAGAAUACUUCAAUCGGUACGCUCUUGGACGAAUUCUUCCUCGAAGAGUGGAUAGUUAAGGCUUCAUACGAAGGUUAUUUUGCUGCAUGUGCACCAACUCAUUGUACUUUUAAAUAUGUUACACGCAAUAAUAUGUUGUACGUCGCUACAUCAAUACUUGGUCUCUAUGGUGGUCUUACGAUUGGCUUACGAUUCAUUAUCUGGAACGUUAUAAGUCUUUAUCGAUUGAUAAAAAAGCGUAUUCGGUCUCAUCGAGUUACUGCAUAA